GUUAGACUGAACAAAUGUGUUGGUGCAUCAAAUGUACUAUGCGGAACCUGAACAUAGAUCAGCAUACACUACCUGUUAAUGCAAUACUUUACCUUGAAUUGAUAAGUCAACUUCUGAAGAUGAGGAUACUGCUAAGGUCUUUGGCAGUGAAUCAGAAGACCAUAAAUGCCCUGUUUAUCACUUGCUUCAUUCCCUGUUUUGUUCAAUUAAUUGGCUUUCUUUGUAUAACUACUCUCUUUACUUUUUGUUUGUUCACUAUGGCAGGAUUUUGCCUACUAUAUCUUAAAGAAGACGAAAUUAUGGUUCCUUCAUAUUGUAAAGAGUUGUAGUUCAACCAACUAUGAGCAGGCUCCACCUCAACAUAGCUUGUGCAUUUCUCAAGAGUUCUGCUUUAAAGUGAACACGUGGUCAGGUCUGCAUGCUAUUGAGAUCUACCUUGAAACUAACUUGCUAUUACAUUGGUAUUUGCCUGUCAAACCCUCUUUUGCUCUUUUUGGUACAGUUUGCAAAGACUUCUAAGUAGACUGAUCUAGAUUCUAUUGUGUGGUGAUGUCUUUGAUGAAACUGUGAUUAUGUUAUUUUCUAAACUGUCCAGAUUGUUGUUUCUCUUCACUACUUCAAUCUUGUGAUCGUUUAUGAAUCUAUCUAGGUGUGGAAGGAGAGGUAAAAUGAUGACUCUAUGAAUGAAGGAAAGGACGGAGAAGAGACUUGCAGAUUCACGAGUUUAUGGAUAUUGCAGCUAUUAAAUAAUAUAUCUUGUAGAAGAACAGACUCAAGAUUCGGAUGCCUUUAGAGUUUAGAUGAUUUGGUCAGAAUGACCGGAGUUUUAAUUGAUGUUCAUUAUGUUUGAGUUUCAUGCUACAAUAGUUACUAUUUUAAAUUAUAGGUUAAUUAACAAUGAUCAAUGAUAUUUGAAU